AGAGAAAAGUUGAAAGGAUGAAGUUAGAGGAUCUCGUUCCACUGAGCUAGCGAGACGGCAGCGCUGCGGAACAACAAUGGCGAUGAUGCCUCCUGCAGCGGCGUCAUCCCUCGCCUCCACUCCCCGCGGCAUCGCCGCUCCGCCUACUCGCACGGCAUCCCUGUGCAUCCGCUUAGGUGUCGUGACGGCGACGCUGUUCGCUGGACUGGCGGCGGCGUCGCAGCCAGUGGAGCGUCACGCCGCGGUGGUGGUCGCGAUGGCGAAGAGGGAGCAGGAGCUGGAGGGGAUCCGGGCCAUGACGACGGAACAGCUGGAGGAGGAGGUGGUAGACCUCAAGGGGGAGCUUUUCCUGCUCCGCCUUAAGCGCUCGGCGCGCCAGGAGUUCAAGAACAGCGAGUUCGGCCGCAUGCGCAAGAGGAUUGCUCGUAUAUUGACUGUGAAAAGAGAGCGGGAAACUGAACAAGGAAUAAACAAGAGAUUGUCCAGGGAGCUUGAUAGGAAAUGGAAGCAGGGCAUUGUGGUCAGACCACCACCAUCUCUAAGGGAGAACAAAGAGGAGUAGAGAGCUGCAAAAGAAGCAAUCUGCAAAAGUCGUUUCAUGCAAGAGUGUUGCAAGAAGGUUCCUUUGUGAUUCCAAACUUUAUUUCAUUGUUACGUAUUCCAUGUUUACAUUUUACUAAGCAUUGCUAUCCGAAUCUGAAUUUCAGUCGUUAGUCUCUUCUGUAAAUUUUGAUUUAUUUAAAUUUACGCCUCUAUCUGUGUUUUCGGUGCAUUUUUCUUAGCUGCUUCACAUAUUAAACUGCACUUUAGACGUGCAUGCUAUCCAGUAAUUGAGAAUGGACAGUCAUUUGCACCUAAAAGUAUAUGUUUUCUUGCCAUGCUGAAUCAAAUCAAAUUGAUGUCC